UUCUAGACGCCGCACUUGAUUCGCUGCGGCGCGACGGAGUGCUGGACCGCCGGCACGCGAAAUUGGGCUGCGGUUUUACGUCCUCCUCCAGGAGUUAGGGAGCAAGCGCAACAGGUGAGGCAGUGGUGUCCUUGGCUCCAGGACCAGUGUUCCUGCACUGCCCCCAGGAUGUCAGCUAAAGCCAUAGAGAGCGGGGAAGGCCAUGCCUUGGGCCCCCUCCUGCCAGAAUUGCUGCCGGAAGAGGAAGAAGAAUCUUCCCAGUCAAGCAGCCAGACCUCUGAUGGGUCUUCUCCUGGGAAGGCACCAGAGGGGCCACAUCAAGGACCGGAUGGCUCUGGCUCUGACCCCAGAGAUCCACCCAAGUCGGAAGACAGCAAUUUCUACCAUUAUGCAGGCAAGACUGCCGCAGCCGUGAUCGGAGGAGCCCUGGCUGUGGGGUCUGUUCCCGUAGUGCUGGGCGCCCUGGGCUUCACUGGGGCUGGAAUCGCCGCCUCCUCCCUCGCGGCCAAGAUGAUGUCAGCGGCCGCCGUGGCCAAUGGGGGUGGAGUUGCUGCUGGCAGCCUGGUGGCCACCCUCCAGUCCGUGGGGGCAGCUGGACUUCCGCAUCAUCCAACAUCCUCCUCGGCUCUGCUGGGGCAACAAUUGGGACGUGGCUGUGGGGUUCAAAAAAGAAGGCCCCUUCUCCACCAGGAUCCAGCACUGAAGAAGAGAGCAGUUCCCAUGCUGGAGAUGACCCUGCAGGGCCUCAGGAUGUCAGUCCCCCAAAUGACAAGCCCUCUGCCUCCCAAAAUUCUUCAAAGAAUCAUAAGAAGUAAAAACAAGAUGCUGUGACCUUU